GGAGAGUGGUAUUGGAACAGCAUAGAGCACGUCUAGAGAGCAGAUAUAUACCCGCGGCCGCCUCGUUACCCCCACCACGCUCUUUAAAACAUCCCAGCAAGCAUCCACAGAAAAAAAUUAACAAGCAACUUUGUUGACGGCCCGAGAAAUCCCCUCGUACGACGGACAUUAGCCCCUGCUUCAUUGUUUGGCGCUCCUUUCGGCCUGCUUCUUCCGAACGCGAAUUCUUCCAUGAUAACUGUUUAACACGGCUUUCGCUAUUCGCUUUUCCUCCUGCACUUUCAUCCACCCGUCUGUCUCACAAGUGUCGAACCGACACUGUCCGACUAUUUAUCUUCUCACAUCUCUAACGUCCAGGCGUUUUACUCGGCCGAUACCGCGUAGACUUGGUGGUACGAUCCUCUCGAUUCACAACGUCCGAGUGCUGGUUGACAAUCGACUUUCAUACCACUUUUUGACUCGUAGUGGAUAAGAUCACCUCUUGAUCUUUUCAUAUCCGUUUUCGACCUUUCUUAUUUGCGAAAACUUUCUACCUGCGUUUACACCUUCGUUCCCCACGUACACCAUGGACAUCAUCCUCGAAUACUCUGAUGAAUACGUUCUUGACAAAGUCUAUAAUUUCCUCCUCCCCCAUCCCCCGGUUCCCUCAUCUCUCACAUCGAUAAACGCCACUGCUCUUUCGGAAUCCUAUUCUGGCUCAACGACCUACCACCCUUCUAUCGAACCUGCCUCCCUUCUCCCUCGCGACUCUAUCAUUCGCCAGUCGAUAUCCCUUUUCACCGUCGCUCUUCUCGGCGCCUAUGCCCUCUACUUCAUCUUCUGCUCACUAUCAUACUACUAUGUGUACGAUAGAAGGCUAGAACAUCACCCGAAAUUCCUUAAAGACCAGAAGAGGAAAGAAAUCAUAUCGUCCGUUGUUUCGGCACCGUGGAUAGCGUUGAUGACCGUGCCGUGGUUCGUCGCUGAGGUGAGAGGGCAUAGCAUGCUGUAUGAGAGCGUGGCAGACUAUGGGUGGGGCUACACGGCGUUGAGCGUGUUUAUGUUCUUGUUGUUUACGGACUUUGGGAUUUACUGGGUGCACCGAAUUGAACACCAUCCGGCGAUCUACAAGCACAUCCACAAGCCACAUCACAAGUGGAUCGUACCCACCCCGUACGCUGCGCUCGCCUUUCACCCCCUAGACGGCUACGCCCAGUCCCUUCCUUACCAUAUCUUCCCAUUCUGCUUCCCUCUCCACAAAUAUGUCUACCUGGGCCUCUUCGUCUUUGUCCAGUUCUGGACUAUCCUCAUCCACGAUGGCGAUAUGAUCACCGGCCACAUAUUGGAGAGGUACAUCAACGGUCCCGCCCACCAUACCUUGCAUCACUUAUAUUUCACUUGCAAUUAUGGACAGUACUUUACUUGGGCAGACCAGUAUUUUGACUCAUAUCGUGACCCCGCUCCUCAUCUGGACCCUAUCCAUGACAGUUUGAAAAUGAUGAGAAAGAAGGGACUGAUAGAUGAAGCUGGGAACGCUAUCCCCCAGGCUAGAGAAGGGAAGAAGGAACAAUGAGUUUCAUCUACAUUCAGGACAUUUUUCUCGUUCUUUUAUUAUAAGAGGACUGGGAAAAGGAGGAGAGGGCGUUCAUAAUUAAUGUGGAUUAUGUGGAGUAUAAUGACUUUUUUUGUAACUUUAGAGUUAAAAACAUGUGAUGGGAAGGGCUGGCCAAAUUGGCUUGAGUAGUGAAAAGUUCGAGAGAGACGGGAGAAAGGAGUGGAGGAGAUAAGAUCAGCAAAAACGUCUAGAUCUACGUAGAGAUAUAGAUGAACUUUAGAGCUUUUUUGUUUGACCUGGCUGCUCUGGCCGAUUGUGUUCCUGUCCGGUUUCUAUUUCUUAAUUUUCAGCUUCACAAGGCUGGCCGACGA